AAAAUGAUCUUCCGAUUAUUUUAUUAUUAUCUUAUCUUAUAAGUCGUUAUCACCUGUUCACUUACGUUCAGUUGGCGUGUUCUGGCGCACGUUGUUCUAAAGAUUUUUGUGUUGGAAAUGUAUUUUGGAAACUCGCUGUGUUGAGGGUGUUAUAAGUAAUCAGGGAUGAGUGGCACAGCGAGUGCAUACCGCUGACUAAUGGCUGGUGUGAAGUGGCCAGCCUUCUGCAGGCCUCGGUGUCGGAGGAAAGUGUUCCCGCCUGAUCAAAUAGAAGACGGAAAUUUACGAAGAUGUCUGAAUCGCUGGGAUCUGACGGCGCUGGGCGUGGGCAGCGCCACGGGGGCCGGAAUCUACGUGCUUAUCGGGUACGUGGCGCUCAACGUCGCCGGGCCUUCAGUCGUGCUCUCAUUUCUCAUGGCUGCUGUCGCCGCUUUAUUUGCAGGUCUGUGCUACGCGGAGUUCGCGACUCGGGUGCCGAGGGCGGGCUCCGCUUACAUCUACACGUAUGUGGCCAUCGGUGAACUGAUGGCCUUCCUUAUAGGCUGGUGCAAUAUCCUGGAAGCUGCUGUUGGAGCGGCGAGUCUCUCCAGUGGUCUCAGUUUGUAUUUAGACUCCAUGGUCAACGGCUCAAUGACGGCGUGGUACGAGUCCGCCUUGCCUCUCGGAGUGCCUCUCAUGUCGCCCUACUUCAACCUGCUCGCUUUCCUCAUCAUUCUCUGUGUUGGAGUGUUGUUGUCGGUCGGCGUGCGUGAGUCCGCGUAUGUAAACAACGUGUUGGUCGGAGUCAACAUCAUCGUCAUUGCGUUCAUUAUCGUCGCUGGAGCCAUUUGCGCCGACGUCAAUAACUGGUAUAUUCCACUGACGGACGUUCCUGAGGGGAGCGGUUCGGGCGGGUUCUUCCCGUACGGCGUGUGGGGUACGAUGCAGGGAGUCGCCGUGUGCUUCUACGGGUUUGUUGGAUUUGAUACCGUCAAUGCUGUAGCUGAAGAAGUCCACAGGCCUCGCCGUACGAUACCCUUCACAAUCCUGAUCGUGCUUCUGGUGGCGUUUUUGGUAUACUCCAGUGUUUCCAUCGUCGUCACUAUGAUGGUGCCUUAUUAUCUUCAGGACAGGAUGUAUGCCGUGACUUCUGCUUUCGGCUACGUCGGCUGGAACUGGGCGCGAUGGAUAGUGUUUUUUGGUGCGAUAUUUGGCAUUUUAUCUAACAUAAUAGGUGCACUACUUCCUCUCCCAAGGCUGAUGUACGCGAUGGCCUCAGAUGGGCUGCUAUUUAGCUUCUUCGCCAAGCUGACUCCCAGCCGCAAGUCUCCAGCUCUUGCCACCGCGCUGUCAGCUGUUAUAAUCAGUGUGCUGGCAGGUAUUCUAGACCUGGAGACUCUCAUCUUGAUGAUGUGUCUCGGAACACUCUUUUCGUAUACCAUAGUCGCGAUCUCUGUUGUAGUUUUAAGAUAUCAUUCAAGUUACGCCCCUAAGUCAUCCCCUGGAUUUUUCAAAGAGCUGUUUGGUUGCGGAUUCCGUUUGCCCACAAAAGGCACGGAGCGGAUCGUCGAAGUUUCCUUGGCGUUGUUCAUUGCUGCUUCUGUCAGCUCUGCCCUGGUGAUCACACACGCCAACAGCCCUCUCAUCCCGGCAGUGAUUAUACACGCGCUGGUCAUCUUGCUUGUGGUCAUCAUGAUGCUGCAGCCGAGAGCAAAGGAGGAAGUGUCUUUCAAGACCCCGCUGGUCCCGCUGAUCCCAUGCCUCAGCAUUUACGUAAACGUGCACCUGAUGGUGCUCAUCAAACUGCAGACGUGGAUCUGUGUCGCGGUUUGGAUACUAAUCGGCAUACCGAUAUACAUUAUAUGCAUCUGCUGCUAUAAACGAAAGGAUAUUGUAGAAGAUAAAACAACAGCAAGACACAAAAAUGGAACCCCACCUGUCCAAAUCGUUGUGGAAUCACCCACCCCUCCCGAUACUAUGAAUAGAAUUAGUACUUACGGAGGAGACGAUACCAUCGAAGAAAUGGAUAACGAAACAGAAGGAAGCGUCAGAGGCCUAACCAUGCUGGCCAAGCGUGCCGGCGAGCCGCCAAAGACUGAAGAGAUAACAAUACAUCAGGCGUAUGUAGAAAAUAACGAAGAGAAGGAAGCGAAGAUAAUUGACCUGCUCGAUCAAGUGCUUCAAGCCGAAGAAGACACCUAUGGAGAAGUAAUUAGCCUCCAAGAUCAAAAAGAAGACAUACCAAUGCGCAAUGAAGUGCAAAGGAAAUCGAUUAGUGAACUAUCUGACGUAGGGUCGGAUGCAUCAUUGGGUAAUCAGGGAUUAUCUAAAUAUGAUGUCAUAGCGCAAGUCCACAGAGAGGAUCUGCCUAGAGUAAACGAAGAGGAAGAAGAAGAAGACGAGGAUGACGAACAAGUAACCGCUUUUAACGAUAGUGAAACGAAUUCGCGAACAGACGAAUCAGGGUAUUCUGAUACUUUAGAUAGCAGAAAUACACUUUCCGAAAAUGUAGAAGGGAAGGAAGAUGCCCCGUAUAUUCCUGUGCCGCCUCCGUUGGACGAAAAUUUCUUUAGAAGUCCACAUUUCAAGAAAUCGUAUACUAUAUCUGCAAGGCCGACAAAGAAAGAAGGUGAAGAAGAAGAAGAAGAGAAACCAAGGAGUAGUGUUAAUUCCAAUAAUUCACAAGAAGAGGACAACAUUACGUUUGGUAGCGACAGACAGAUACAUUUUAUGAGCAAACUGAACAAUCUUUUCCAGAACAAAAUAUCUGGCAGCGACGAUGACGAACCAAGGAAAAGGUCUCAUUCCACUGGUAAUGUCACUGAGGGUACAGAAUUCUCCCCAAUAAAAGAACGUAAAUCGUUGUUAGAUUUGCAAAAAGAGAUAAUAUCACGUGAAGCAGCGCAAAAUUUAAAACCAGUAAACUCGGAAGAUACAAACUCCGUUGAGGAAGAACCCGAAGAAGACACUAGCAUGAGCAGACAAGAUUUGAAAUCAAAACUGGAGAAUAUAUUCGCCACUGGCGGUCCACAUCUUCUGAAGCCGAGGCUGAUGAAGUCUAACCCACCAACGCCAGAAGAGGCGUACCAAACUGACACAUCGAGUACAGAAAGUAUAGCAAAGUUACCAAAAGUUGAUAAAAACGAUACUCUGAAGAGACAGAAAGCAAAGUUUGGUGAAGUAUUGAACUCGUUUAGGUUAAGUAUGAAUAAAGACGACGAAGUCUAAGUAAUUUUUGUAUAUUAUUAACUUAAAUAUUGUUUGUGUGCCUUAUUUAUGGUUGAUAUUGAGUAGUAUUCUGGACAAUACGAAUUUUAGCUGUAAGUCUUAGUUACCGAUUGUUUGUGAUAAUCACCAUCAGCCGGAAGACUGAAAUGUUGAGAAAUAUUCGACACUGCAUUUGCUGAAUUUAAAUAACAAACACAUUAUAAAAGAAUAAAGUAUUGAUAAAGAUCAAAAUAUUAUUACAUUUGCAAAUGCAGCGUCAAUGUGCAAUAUGUAUAUUUUCACAAUGCCAUUUAGUAAUGUGAUUAAUAAAUUAUAUUAUUAUACUAAA